AUGGCUGAAACAACAUCGGUGCAGCCGCCUCAGCAGGAGGAGGAGGAGGAGGAACAGCUCCAGCAGCUUGAAGAACAAAGGAUGGAGCCUGAUGAAGGAGCUGGAGAAGUGAAGAAGGACACACAGACAACUCCAACACGACCUCUGCUCUGCAUGAGGUCCAUGAGCAGCUUUGACACAGAUGAUGACUCCCCAAAUAUGAUUGCCUACAGAAAGUGGCCCGACACGUCGUUCCUUUUGGACAAUGCAAAGAUUGAAGACAUUGUCACUCGUAUCCAGGAUGAGACAGAUGGCGUGCCCAUCAGAACUCUGAAAAGCUUCAUGACCAAAAUCCCGAGUGUUGUCACAGGUGCAGAUAUUGUUCAGUGGUUUAUGAAGAAUUUGCUCAUAGAGGAUCCAGCUGAGGCCAUGCAUAUUGGGAGCCUAAUUGCAGCUCAGGGAUAUUUCUUCCCCGUCUCAGACCACAUCCUCUCUCUUAGAGAUGAUGGUACUUAUUACCGCUUUCAGGCACCGUAUUUCUGGCCGUCACACUGCUGGGAGCCUGAAAACACAGAUUAUGCUAUCUACCUGUGCAAGCGGACCAUGCAGAAUAAGACCAGGCUGGAGCUGGCAGAUUAUGAAGCGGAGAACCUUGCCAGGUUGCAGAGUGCUUUUGCCAGAAAGUGGGAGUUUAUCUACAUGCAAGCUGAAGCCCAGGUCAAGGUUGACAGGAAAAAGGAUAAAACUGAGAGGAAGAUCCUUGACAGCCAGGAACGAGCCUUCUGGGACGUCCAUAGACCUGUGCUUGGUUGUGUCAACACCACAGAAAUGGACAUUCGGAAGUGCAGACGUAAGAAGAACCCUCAAAAAUUUAAGACGUCAGUGUAUGGUUUGGCGGAUGAGGGGUUGCAGUCUCAGAGUCCUGUACAUACUCCCUCAUUCCAUGGCAGAAAAGGCACCAAGAAUGAUGUGGAGAAGGAGAUUUUAUUCCUGCACACCCAGCUACAGCGUCACUGUAUGAGGAUGUCUAAGGUUGCUGAAAGUCUGAUAAGCUACACUGAGCAGUACCUGGAGUAUGACCCCUUUGUGACAGCACCAGAGCCACCCAACCCCUGGACAAGUGACGACGGCUUUUUCUGGGAUCUGGAGACCAGUAAGGAUCUCAGUCAGUGGAGGGUGAAGAAGUGGGGUUUCUCUCUGGGGGAGGCCCUAAAGGACCCGGCAGGGCGGGAUCUGUUCCUCAAGUUCCUGGAGUCAGAGUUUAGCUCAGAAAAUCUGCAGUUCUGGUUGGCAGUUCAGGACCUGAAAAAGAGACCUCAGCAGGAAGUGGCACAGAGGACACAGGAAAUCUGGGAAGAGUUCCUGGCUGAAGGUGCCCCCAGUUCCAUCAACCUGGACUCCCACAGCUAUGAACUCACCAGCCACAACCUGAAAGACCCAGGACGGUACAGCUAUGAAGACGCACAGGGCAAAUCUUUGACGGGCAAACGGCUGACGGGCCUCAUGCCUUCAUCCUGACAACUGGAGAGUGAAUCGUAAUCAGAGCUACUCAUCCCUGGGAUGCUGGACCCUGGAGUUUUUGGGUGGUGUGUGAGGGGGCCAGACCGGACUGUUUACAGUGUCACACCACCGUGACUAAAACUCACCACAGAUCAGCAAACGAGGACCAACAGCAUGCAAUAAGUCACACAGACCUAACAUCAGGACAGUGCAGCCACUGUUAGAUUGUAAAUGACGGUUUAAAAGUCUGUGCCAACAAAAAUGUCAGGCUUUGUCGUUUGUCUUUAUUUACACUCAUGUAAGCACAGUAGCUGAAGUAGAUAUGCUUCACAUUUAGAGAUAUAAAUACUGGAAUGCUUGAAUGUCUUGACUGAUGUUCAACUGGGACAUGAAUUCAUGCUGCAGUUUUCUGAAGCCAGUCUCCCGUUUCAGAUUUGUGACACACAGUUGGCUGUUUGUGUUCCAAAAAUCUCAUCGGGGCCUGAAACAGGGUUUAAUAGGUGGUAACAUUAGUACUGUAGGCUGUUGGGUAAGUUUUAUACAAACAUUCACCUUUGUUGUCAGGUUUCGGCCAGAUCUCCGACAGCAUGGUUUUGGUUUUGUUUUUUCCUCUUUCUUUUACCCACCGUCUCCCCCGGCUUUGAUUUAUUAGUGGUUUUAUUUUUGGCACAUGUUUGUUUGUCCUGUUUUGCUUUGCCACUUUUGUAUCUUUAUGUCUUCUCAUACUUUAGCUGUGAUUCAGUCCUGUUGUUAUUUUGUCCAGCCAGGCUGUGUUUUUGUUGUUUAUCAUUAGUUUAUCACUUGUUCAUUUUGUUCUUUUCUCAUGUGGAGUUAUCUGUUAUGCUGUGAUAUUGGGUUUUGCUUUCAGUUUAUCACUUAGUCUCUGUUUUAGUUGCAGUUUAUUUUGACAUUUUGUUUUCUUAGUUCACUUUGGUCUCUGAUGACUCACUUCUCAGUUCAUAUGUGUAUGCUUAGUUCGUUCCUUUUCUUAUUAGUAUUUUGUUCUGCCUUCAGUUUGUGAUUUAUCUGUGUUCUCAUUAUUCUUCAUUCCAUUUGUUUUCAUUCCACACCGCUGCACUUGCCCUUGUCUCUCACUUUGAUUCUAUCUUCUUUGUGUUUUCAUUCACUCACGCUCUUUACACCUGCUCAUGUAUCUUUGUCUCUUUCAUCACUCCACUUUAUGUAUUCCCUUCCUCGCUAUCUUGCACCUUGCACUAUCUAUCUAACGCUAUGUCCACCGGCCAUACCCCCUAUCUAGAUUGUUCUCCAGCACGCGCAACUUGUUACCUAAUCACCACCUGCUUAUUUAAACUCCUUUGCCAGUUUGUUGUCUCUGUACACAUUCCCGCUGUUGUAUCAGUCCUGUUUGGCUUUUGCUGUGUUUCUGAAUCCUGCUCUGUGUUUUUGACCGUGCCUUUUUGCCUCAAUGCUGAAAGCUGUGUUUGCUCGUGCUGUUGGAUCAUUGACUUGACGUUGCUUGAGCAUGACUGUUUAUGUCUAGCCCUGCCUGUACCCCUGCUCCGCUGACUGAUAACCUGUGUUGGCCUAAAUUAAAGAUAAUGAGAUCUUUUAUUCAAAAGAGCAACUGGUCUGGAAGUCUACAUUGUGAGUACACCCUCUUCUGGUGUCAGGCAUCCUCUCAGCCUGUCAUUUGUCACAUAAGGACACACUGUGAUCCAAAACAGUGAAUAGUUGGAUGUAGUUUGUGCAGAUUUGGGGAAAUAUUAAGCAAAACUCAGGAUAUGAGAGUGAUACAAGAGCAGAUUGAGUGUAGACUGUGUGGGGCUUGGAGCCAAAAGAAGAAACUGUCGAUGGAAUGUGGUUUGGGGCGGUAUACUAGGAAAAAAAAGGAGCAUCGUCUUAACAUUCCGUAUCGCUCCACUGUUGCACAUCAGACAGUAAAUAAGAUGCAUCUUACUUUAUUUUUACAAAUAAAUAUAUAAAUAAUUAUGAUGGCUCUUAGAACUAACGAAUUUAAUUUUA